CGCCCGGAUCCCACCCUCUGCCCGCAGGACCCCGAACCCAAAUGAUCCUACAGCAGCCCCUGGAGCGAGGCCCCCCAGGUCGGGCCCAGCGCGACCCACGGGCCGCGUCGGGGGCGCCCCGAGGCCAGGACUUGAGCUCCCCUCUCCAAGGAGCUGUGCCCAUGAGCACCAAGCGGCGCCUGGAGGAGGAGCAGGAGCCCCUGCGCAAACAGUUCCUUUCUGAAGAGAACAUGGCCACCCACUUCUCUCGACUCAGCCUACACAAUGACCACCCUUACUGCAGCCCCCGCAUGGCUUUCCCAUCUCUGCCCCCACUAAGGAGCCCUUGCUCUGAGCUGCUUCUCUGGCGCUACCCUGGGAACCUGAUCCCCGAGGCACUCCGGCUGCUGAGGCUAGGGGAUGCCCCCACCUCCCACUACCCUGUGACCCAAGCUGGAGAGAUAAUGGAGCUCUGAGUGCUGGUGGGAAGAUCCCUGCCUAUCUUCCGUCUUCCCCAAACCGAGAAGACCAGCAUCCCCACUAAGGCACCAGCUGUCCUGCUUAUUCUCCGGACCAGGCCUCUGGGCCACAGGACCUACCCCCAACAGAGGAGGACACUGAACCCCACGGAGCCCUGGGCCGGGAGGGGCAGGAGGAACCGGAGCAUGGGAAGGGAGGCAUUCCCCUCCAGAGAACCGAAUAAAGAUUGCCGAGCAAC